UCAGAAGCAACAGCAGAGACUAUAUAUUCUGAGUGCAAAUGGUACCUACCGAAAUUGCGACAUUUGCGAAACGAUUUCCUGAUUAUGAUGAUGAGGAGUCAGGAUGGUGUUUCUAUAAGGGCUGCAAAUUAUCACGUCAUUAAUAAUAGAACUGUUCUACUAAUAAUGAAAACUGCUUACAGCUUUUAUACUUUUAUGCAAAAAGUAGCAUAAGCCAAGAGGGAGUUGAUCGGUUAAUUUUGCACAGAG